AUGAAGGCUACAGAAGUUGACUUCACAUUGAACGAUGGAAACAAAAUUCCAGCGGUCGGGCUGGGUACUGCGUGCCCACCGGAGGACCAGGAGCAUUUCAUAGACUCCAUUGUUACUGCGUUGAGGAGUGGAGUUCGCCAUAUUGAUUCGGCCUGGUACUAUGGAAGCGAGCCUAUGAUCGGUGUUGCUCUUCAAAGGGCGUUCGCCGAGGGAAUUGUGAAAAGAGAGGAUAUUUUUAUCACUACCAAGGUUUGGCCAGGAAGGCACGAUGAUGCCUUGGGAUCUCUCAACGAAUCUCUCGAGCUUCUUCAACUUGACUAUGUUGAUUUAUUCCUUCAACAUUUGCCGCUAUGCUAUGUUAGGGAUACAUUUACAAUCGUGGAGAAUGCAGAUCACCUUGAUACCUGGAAAGAAAUGAUACAGAUUUACAAGACCACCACCAAGGCCAAGUCUAUUGGAGUCUGCAACUACAGCAUUCCGUUUUUAGAGAGACUUUUCAAGGAAACAGAUGUGGUUCCAGUUGUUAACCAAGUUGAGCUUCAUCCACGUCUGCCUCAACUAGAGUUGGUGAAGUUUUGCCGAGACCAUGGAAUUUUGGUGGAGGCAUACUCUCCGUUGGGGGCUGGUGGAGCACCUCUUAUCAAGUUACCAAUUGUCAACGAAUUGGCGGAUAAAUACAAGGUUACAGCAGCUGAUAUACUGGUUUCCUUCCACGUUUGCAAAGGCAAUGUUGUUCUUGCAAGAACGCAAAACCUGGAACGUUUGAAGCAAGGAUGGGAAUUUGUCAAAAUUUCGAGUGAGGAUUUGGCCAAACUGGAUGACUAUGGAAUUGCAAACCACUACAGAUAUAUUGCCGGAAAUUUCGGAAACAAUCUUGGAUUUCCCGACUGGAACGACAGUGUUGACUGUCAUACUGGUGUUUAA